AAGGCAGCAGUUGGAGGCCGAUUUGGCAUAAACAAAAUCUCUUCUUCUUGUCUCUCUUGCUCGCUCCUCUCCUUCUCCUGGUGUCGCCAUCCUCUUUCUUCCCUUCUUCCGUUCUUCGUUUUGGCCGAUUAUCUUCUCCUUUUUCCCAUUUUCUGCAAUCAUGGCGGAGAAGGGUCAGCCACUACCGAAGUUUGGUGAAUGGGAUGUUAAUAACCCUGCUUCUGCAGAGGGCUUCACUGUGAUCUUUAAUAAGGCAAGGUGUGAGAAGAAAUCCGGUGGCCAAAUCGGAUCACCUGGAAAGGCACUAAGGCCUGCAGCAGCAGGCUCUGGCAAACCUCAGGCUAAAUGGUUCUGCUGCAUUCAGAGCCCACCUACAGAAUCUUGAUGGUACUACCUGUCUGUAGAUAACCACCGAAACGGCCUAAGAUCGUCCACUGGUCUUCGAAGAAGAUGAGAUUUUCAAAGCUGUGAUCAUCAGCCUGCUAUACUAUUUGCUUCAUAAUCUGGGUCAUGGAGGAAAAAGGUAGAACAAUUUUACCUUCUUUGUUUGUGAUACUGAUAUGAUAAAUUGUCACUAGAAGCUGAGCUAUUCCAUCUCAUUUGUCUCUA